GUUUCGACUCAGCGACCACUCGAGUGGGUGAUGGUGUUGCGUUGGUCGAUUCGUAGGGUGCAUUUGGAGAAGCACGUCACAGAAAGAGAAAAGAGAAAAAAAGUGAGUCUGCACUUCCUAGUACCAGAUGUACAAGAUGGAGGAGAUGUGGCCAACUGUGCAGGAGGCACUUCAGAGAGCUUAUCGAUAUGAAGAGGUGGUUAGAGGGAGUAUUGACGGGGAAGGGGAAAAUCCCUCACUACAUAAGAACCUCUUCUUCAUGAAUGUCUUGGAUAAAGAAAGUGUGGAUAUUAAGGAAGAAGACUGGGAAUGGCGAUCGGUUGACCAUCAGCUGGUGAGUCUUGGCAUUAAGAAGGAGGUUUGUGAAUGGGAAUCUGAGCACUCUGGUUUUAAAGAAGAAGAUUUUAAUUCAGGGGCAGUAAGUGUUAAAGAAGACUCUGAGCCCACAUUUCAUAACUCUGAUUUACACAAAAGUGAAAUUGUAAAUGGAGUCAAGGAAGACGAUAUUAAAUCAGAGCCGAUGUAUCCAUAUCUGUGUCCACAUGAAGAUGUGCCUGGGUUAGGCGUCACACUGAGAGGGCACCAUUCCCUAGACAUUUAUUCUGUCCAUGUGAAGUCUGAAUCUUUGGAGUCUUACCUGAAGAGGCCUGAGGAAGCAUCCUGUUCAAGUCGGGCAGAAGAAGUUAAUCAAGAGAGUGCCAAUCUUUCCAUGUCUUCAUUUCUUCAGUACCCACCUCAGCAGAUACAACCAAAUGAAAAUAUGAAGAUACUGACAUCUGGAUCAGAAUGUUUGACCCCGGCCACUUUACAGGACAAUUCUCAGACUGUUAUGAAGCUAGCAAGAACAAAUCCAAUCAACACUCAACCACAAGAAAAUACAACUUCAAUAGGUUUGUAUAUCGGCUUAGAUGGGGAGAUGUCUUCUAAAUGCACAGAGAAGUGGAGUGAUAUGAAUCAGAAACCAUAUUUCUGUUCUGAAUGUGGAAAACAUUUCUCCAACAAAACCCAUCUUCAUACCCAUGAAAGAGUUCACACUGGAGAAAAGCCAUAUUGCUGUCCUGAAUGUGGAAAACGUUUCUCUCAAAUUAGCCAUCUUCAUACCCAUAAAAGAGUUCACACUGGAGAGAAGCCAUAUUGCUGUUCCCAAUGUGGCAAACACUUCUCACAAGUAAGCCACCUCUACACACACAGAAGAAUUCACACUAAUGAGAAGCCGUAUAGCUGUUCUGACUGUGGAAAACAGUUCUCCAAAAAUAGCGACCUUAAAAUCCACAGAAGGAUUCACACUGGAGAGAAGCCAUAUUGCUGUUCACAGUGUGGCAAACAGUUCUCACAACGAAGUCAUCUUCAUGCACACAUAAGAAUUCACACUCGAGAGAAGCCUUAUCGCUGUUCUGACUGUGGCAAACAAUUUUCACAAGUAGGCCAUCUCCAGACGCAUACAAGAUUUCACACUCGAGAGAAGUUGUGUUGCUCUUCUGACUGUGGCAAUCAUUGUUCUUACAACAGACAUCAUACUAGAGAGAAGCCAUUUUGCUGUUCUGAUUGUAAUAAGCGAUUUUCAACCACUGAUCUGCUUCGAAUCCACUCAAGAAUUCACACAGGGGAGAAGCCAUAUUGCUGUUCUGAUUGUGGAAAAUGUUUCUCUCAAAACAGCAACCUUCAUGUCCACAAAAGAGUUCACACUGGAGAGAAACCCUAUUGCUGCAUGGAAUGCAGCAAACAGUUCUCACAAAUAGGCAAUCUUCAGAAACACACCAAAAUUCACACUGGGCACAAGCAGUGAAAAAUAUCUGAGAAAUUCUUAAAGGCUACUCGAUUCUUCUUUAUUAAAUUUGAAUGUUGGGCUCCUUUUCUGAUAAAGUCGCUAUCAAAUAUCAUCCAGGCAAAAAUGCUUUCACAGUUUAACAUCAGUGCAUAAAGGAGAUUCAGAGUGGCCUGCGUGUCUUCCAAAACAAAAAAGGUGCACACCUUUUAGGUGGGUGAUGGUGGUGACAGCAGUGAAACUUCACAGUGUGAAGAAACUAUCUGCCAAUGGAGUGCCCAGCCAGAUCAAGUAAGUUGCUGUUCCCACCACAAUGGAAAAUCAAAACUCUUUAAAUAUACCUUGAGCAAGGGCAUAAUGAGGACUAGAUACAGUCUGGAAGUCUGAUGAGGAUAAAAUCAUGAAUUGCCACUUCACAACAACAACUCCUGACUUUCCGGCUAAAGACUCUGUCAGGAAGACUUGUACAAAAUCCAAAUCGUCACAUGAAAAACAAAAUAAAUAAAGAAUGCAAAUAGAAGGCAUUUGAUUGGAGAAAUUUUUUAAAAAGCAGAAAUGAGAAAAUUUUAAAAUAAGGAAGGAAAAGACAAAGCUGAAAGAGAAAAGGCCUGAUGGGAAUGUAGCUUUUAUUUCAGUGUCAAAAAGAUUAACAGACACAGGAUUUUCAAAUAGUGAUACACUUUAACUAAUCAAAAAACUAUUUUUGUGAUGCAAUCCUUUUGCUUCUGAUGCCACCAUUUUAGGAUGCUUUUGUUGCGGGUUGGUGUGCCAUUCCUAGACAAAACAACCAUCAACAAAAUGGUAGGAGAAAAAAAGAGGAUGCCGCAAGAGAAUGUCAUUUCCACAUGAAAGCAAACAAUGAAAGUAACCAGUAGAUUCAUUGGCCUCCAAAAUCCUGAACCUUACUGAACUCAUUUUUAGAGACCAACGAACAUGUGUACUCUAAAAUCAUAAGUAAGGAAAUUACAAUUUUCACCUCAUAGUCUUUUACUCCUUGUUGUACUUCCAUUAUUUGGCAAAAUAGAAUCUUGGUCAGCAAAAAUAGGCCCAGAGACAUUCUUGUAGGAAUAUUAGGUAUAUCCAUCCAUCCAUCCAUUUUCUAACCCGCUGAAUCCGAAUACAGGGUCACGGGGGUCUGCCGGAGCCAA